AUGCAACCACCUACUUCAUCCAAAACAUUGUGGGUGAGGAAAAUAGACUCUGGGUGCAUACGUAAUUUCGGAACUACUGAUAAUUAUAAUACUGAAAUGUUUGAACAUUUUCAUAUAGACUAUGCCAAGGAAGCAUGGAGAGCAUCCAACUUCUGCAAUGAGCUCCCUCAGAUGACUCAGUGGCUGAGUCGCCAGGAGAAAAUAGUCAUGUUCCAGAGCUACAUCUCUCACUAUCAAUCGGAGGAGGAGAGGGAAGAGGAGGUCAAAGAAGCUGUGGAUGGAAGAAACCAGGACGUUGGGGUAGUGACAGCCAAGAGACCAGCUGCUCCCUCCCAGACCCUUUCCAACAUCCAAACCAAGCAUGGUUGUCCCUCUUUUUCAUAUCACUUGCGCAUUUUCCUUAAUAAAUUUCUUACUAGAGGAGAUUCUAUACCCUAUACUCUUGGGAAUGACAUAGAUGGCCAGAAAGGUAGAGGAGAGAGUUCAGGGAGGUUUGAUGUGGUGGUGGUCACUCACAAGGAUGGGGCUGAGUCUACUGGACUUCAUGUCUGGCCAAAGCACCAUUUUGCAUAUGUAGAGUGGCUAACUGUGUCCCGUUCACCUGGCACCCAUCACAAUAUGUACUCAGUUACCAAGCCUCUCCCUUUGGACACUACUGGACACUUGCCUGGUGAUAUUGUCCCUCUCUCUACUAUACGACAGUCUUGUCAGCUUAUACCACACUUGGGAGCUGGUGUAGGAUGGCCUGAGGAUAAGUAUGCGUAUCAAAUUCUAUGGUAG